AUGGAAUUUCAUGGAAGUCAGCAAAGUCAGAAGAAAACCGUGAUGAAGAAAGUGAAGACUUUCGUCGGGAGGAUGUUGUCCCACCAGCGCAGACACAAGCCAGCCGGCGUCAGGGCAGAGGGUGCCACUGGCCCUCAGGGAGCCCUCCUCUCCCACCUGCAGAGCCUUCUUCCCGGCGGGGCCGAGGAGCCCCCGUCACCUGGGCUACCCACCGUCCCGAGGCCGAGGAAGCUCUCGCAGAACGGUAAUCAUGGGGAGCACCCGGUUAAGUGGCAAAGCCAGCAGGAGCUGCAGCUCAAGUAUUACGAUGACCAAGUCUCAGUUGUGGCCCAAACGCCGCUGCUCUUCCCUGCUGACCCCGUAACAGUUUUCAACGACUAUCUGCUAAGCACGCGUUACAUGUCAGCCACAUCAACUAUACAACUUGAUGUAGAAGCAGAGACAGAGGAGAUAACCCGAGGAAACACACUCCUCCGGGCCAGGAGGACCACCAAGCGCUUAUCUGUGACAUCCCUCCCUGCAGGACUGCAGAAGGUUCCAUAUUCCUCAAAAAAGCGACCACACUUUCCAGCACUUAAAAAGAAGAAACGUGGCGUGGAAAACAUCCUCCGAAAAUCAGACCUAACAGUAGGAAAGCUUCAAAUGCAGGUGGAUGACCUCAUAGAAACAGUGACUGAUAAGUCCAUGAAGUUACUGGCUCAGAGACAUGCCGAGCUUCAACAGUGUGAGUUUCUAGGGGACGAAAUUCUUCAGUCUUCUAAGCAGUUCCGGAGGAUUUCCAAGAGAACCACGAGGAAGUAUAAAUUGAAAAAUGUGUGUUUCCCAUGUACCUGCUGCUGCUUCUGA